AUGGCAGAAGAUGGCUCUUCAUCGCAAUACCUGGAGCCACCAAAUAUCACUGCCAUCAAGAGCGAUGCAGGCUUCGGAGGCGAAUUGACUCGCCAUCUCAUGGAGAGAUCCUUCAGUCAAGACAUUCAAGCAGGCACUCAAGACUUGAAAGAGGCGGCUGAGCAGACACGAAACAUCAUACUCGAUCUCAGCUUGGAUGGCCACGUGCGAUGGGUCAGCCCGUCCUGGACGGACGUCGUUGGCACGGAACUCGACGCUGUUCGAGGGCAUAAGAUCUCCGAGUUCAUUUCCGACAAUCCGGAUGUCUUCGACGCGGCUAUAGAAGCUUUGAAGUCCAAUGAUUCCAAAAGCCUUUACAUCAAGUUCGCUGUCAAGAUUGGCACGUCCUCGGACAUGGCAUUGAUGCUGCCAACAGAGGAUGGUCGAGAACCAACCGAGGACAAUGUCGAAACCGACGAGUCAGGAAAAGCCACCCUUGAGCUGGAAGGGCAAGGCAUUAUGGUAUAUGACAGGUCAUCUGGUGGAGAAUCACACUCUAUGUGGAUGUUACAGCCCGCACAGGAGCCCAUACGCAUCGAAAUCGCGCUUCCACAGGCCUUAGUCGAAACACUCGGUAUUGGUGCUGAGAUACUGGCAAAAUAUCUCACCGAACUAGCAGAGGCUGGGGCUAACGAUCCUGGAAAUCAUCCACCCCCUCUGCCCGUUCUUUGUCGGGUUUGCGAGCGCUCAAUCGUCCCCUGGUGGUUCGAGAAACAUUCGGAUCUCUGCGUGCAGGAACACCGUGCUGAGCUGGACGUCCAGAUGAUACAAGAAAAUUUGUCAGAGCAUCGCAACUCCAUUGUCAAAGUUUUGGACGCCUUCGAAGCUCGUCAAGGACGCAGUUCCGGCGAGAGCUCUCCGGCUCAACCACCUGCACCUGAAUACAAAGGCUUGCCAAUAGGUCCGUCCCCCGUUCAGUCGUCAGCUGUCUCAUCAGCCUCAGGCUCGCACACUGCAAGUCCGGUAAGAUCCAGCAGUCCGUCUACGGCAGGGCUAGGUCAUUCUCGUGCUCGAUCAUUUGUGGUCCGCCGCCCCUUGGUACGUAUUGUCGAGCUGAUCCUCGAUCUCUGCGACACAGCCAUGGAGAUCAAUGUGCCUUCCAUCAAGGACAGUAAAAACAACACCGACGAAGACUUCAGAUCCCAGUCACCACAGUCCGAGUCCCGAAUAUCCCAAGUCAUGCAAUGGCAGGCUCCCAUUAGCUUGGAGAAUGAGCCUGGCUUGGCUGCCCUUAGUGCCGAUACCGAAAAGCUGGCCCGUGCCAAGGUCGACGCUGUCCGUCGCCAUCAGUAUGUUCUCGAGUACUCAGAGCGCAUUCGACAAGAAUACAUGGCCGAAGUUGAUGCCUGUAUCAGUGAGGCACUGAUCAAAGCCGAACGGGCAGCCGCAGGAGAAUCAAUCUCUUCCAGUGAAAGUGACUCUGAAACAGAGCCUGCACUUGAGGGUAUUAUCGAGAGCCUCAGUGAAGAUGAGGAGCCCACUCCCGUGGCUACAGAGUCAGAACAUGGCCGAACUGCGUCUUAUGUGGGCUUGCGCUCAAUGGCUUCGGCCCUUCGAAAUCCUAGAGACAUUGCGUACAUUGCUAUGAAAGACCAAAGACGCUCUUCGUCACAGGCGGUUUCGACAGGUUCAAGCAGUCCCAUCGAAUGUCCAACCCCCAAAUCUCAUAAGAGCAACCUCAUAUCACAGCCGCAGCCACAGCCGGUUACAAACAGGCGGUCAGUUUAUGUCGAAGAUCCCAAUGAUAGCGACAGCAGUCUACCGUCCUCUUCUGUGUUGUCUAAUAACUGGAGAUCAGAAUCUCCUGCGUCUGUAUCAGAACAUGGCCGAUCCGCUCAUUCGCGAGACCGAAAGAGACGAAGUCUGCACAUUCAUGGUCUCAAUUCGGCUUCUCCCCACCGUCAGCAAUCGCCCGGAAGGUACCCGCCUCCUCCAUCAUCGCCCCUACGCAUAACGAAGGCAAGGAUUCCUAGUGGCGAAAUCGCUCAGUCACCUGUUGUGUCUCCGUUACUGACGGCUGGCGAGUAUAUGCCUCAAGCUUCUGGCUCGCUGGUGCACAGAAGACAAUCCUCAAUGCAUUCUUCCGACAAGACACCUUCUUCCCCUCGCCUGAACUCCAUCAGCCAUCCCCAACAACGUGCUCAGCCUCCCUCUAUCAAAGACUUUGAGGUGAUUAAACCCAUUAGCAGAGGCGCCUUUGGUAGCGUAUAUCUGGCCAAGAAGAAGAUUACUGGCGAAUACUUUGCCAUCAAAGUGCUGCGAAAGUCGGACAUGGUUGCGAAAAAUCAAGUCACCAAUGUCAAAGCUGAACGCGCCAUCAUGAUGUGGCAAGGCGAGAGUGACUUUGUGGCCAAGCUGUACUGGACUUUUUCGAGCAAAGACUAUCUGUACUUGGUUAUGGAGUACCUCAAUGGUGGUGACUGCGCUUCUCUUGUCAAAAUCCUGGGCGGCUUAAGCGAAGACUGGGCCAAGAAGUAUAUCGCAGAGGUGGUCCUGGGAGUUGAGCAUCUGCACAGCCGAGGGAUUGUCCAUCGCGAUCUGAAACCUGAUAACCUCCUCAUUGACACCAAAGGUCAUCUGAAGCUCACCGACUUUGGUCUCUCACGAAUGGGUCUCAUCGGCCGCCAAAAACGCGCUCUCAAGCAGCCCGAUGAACCCGCCCCUGACCUACUGAAGCAAGGCCCAUUCACACAAUCUGGGUCUGGCUCCGGAUCCAACCCUGCUUCAAGAUCAGCAUCUUUCGAUUAUGAAGGACCGCACUCACCUGCAACAACUCCUCUCAUGACACCUGCUCUCGCUGGUGGUCUGGACCAGCCGUCCUACUUCAGUUUGAAUAGAGAGAGCUCACUUAGUAGGGAGCUAUCAUGGAGUCGUUCAGGACUACGUAGCGACAGUGGCAGUGGUUCAAGCUUUGAUCUUCAUCAUCUCUUCAAAAAACUGGGUGUGCAAGAGGGCAGCGACGUGUCUCCUCAGGCGAUUCCUCGUACGCAUCCUCAGGAGGAAGAAUCCUACAGCGUGGGAAGCGCGUCGCCGGACCUCUUUCCUCUGUCUCAGUCAAUGAGUAAUAUUUCCCAACCUCCUCCACCGCCAGCCUCUUCUCAAGUACUCCCGCCACUGUUUGACAACGAGGAGAGUGGUCGGCGGUUCGUGGGCACUCCGGACUAUCUAGCACCAGAAACCAUCAACGGCACUGGUCAAGAUGAAAUGUGUGAUUGGUGGGCACUUGGGUGUAUCAUGUUCGAGUUUCUCUACGGCUUUCCACCUUUCAAUGCUGAGAGCACUGAAGAGGUGUUUGACAACAUCCUGCACAGAAGAAUCGCCUGGCCGGAGCACGAGGAGCUUGAAGUCAGCCCCGAGGCGAAAGACCUCAUAAACAAACUAAUACAGUUGGAUCCUGCCGAUCGUCUUGGAGCUAACAAAGACGAAAAAUAUCCAAGUGGAGGAGCAGAAAUUCAAGCUCAUCCGUGGUUUGCCGACAUCAACUGGGACAGUCUACUGGAGGAUGAGGCUCAAUUCAUUCCCAAUCCGGAGCAUCCUGAAGACACCGAGUAUUUCGAUGCUCGGGGAGCUACCCUAUCAUCAUUCCCAGAAGAACUCGAAGACCAAGUGUCUCCGUCUGGCACCACUCCGAAUGGAUCUGAAUAUUCGAACCGUCCACAUGACGCCCUCUUCCGAGUCAGGACUCAAGCAGCGUCGUCUAAACGAGGCCUGAUGCCUCUUCAUAUUCCUCCUCACGUCGCUCGAGAUUCUCGGAGUCGGAGACUGAGUGAGCCGGUUAUUGCUGAUGAUUUUGGUAAUUUCACCUUCAAGAAUCUACCAGUCUUGGAGAGAGCAAACAAGGACAUCGUGGAGAAAAUGAGAAAGGAAGCAAUGCAAGCUCAAGCACGAGGGUAUUCGCAAUCGCAGGCCAUCUCUGCCACUAACAGCCCUGCACUGGGGUCCCCUGCUCCCUCUUUAGAGGGCAGUCCCAUGAUGCCCAUGCCCGUGAAACGGGCUUUGUCUAUCAGCAAGGGGCACAGGCCAGGUUCGCCAUCCAGCCUAGGCGGCACUUCUAACUCCUCGCCCAGCAGACCAUCUCAGCCUUCUUCGCCACUGUUGGUUCAGUUCUCAGCAGCACAGCAUCAUGAACGAAGAAAGACUUCUGGAUCAUCCCAAGGCAGCAGCUCUCUGAACCCCGGAAGCUUUUUCGACAUACCUCAUGACGCUAUCCGACAGGGAGCCCAGGCUGCAUCUUCGCCGAUCAAAACGGCUCGUGCGCCUACACUGUCCCCAGCCAAAACCAUGAACCCGCCUCAGCGGCAGUCUAGUGUUACCGGACGAACCCGGUCACAAACCGUGGGCUCACAGGAAAGCGAUGGGCAAGCUGCGCGUGAGAGUUUCAUUCCGGGUCACUAUAAACGCAAAAGUCAGCUAUUGGUCCGCGAUAUCAGCCCAUCAUCCUCGGAUAAUGAAUCCGCUCAAGCGAAAGCAUUGCUCAAGGUGCAACGCCGCAGGCAAAGCUCCAGGAGAUUGUCUCAAAUCAAUUUUCUUGAAGGCCCUGUCUAUCGCCCCCUGGAUGUCUUGAUCUGCGAAGAUCAUCCGGUAUCUCGCAUGGUCAUGGAAAGACUACUGGAAAAGCUUCGUUGUCGAACUGUGACGGCUUCCAAUGGUCCAGAUGCUCUCCGCUUGGCUGUGAGCCAAAUACAAUUCGACAUCAUCUUCACGGAGUUCAAGUUGCCGCUCAUUAAUGGGGUGGAUGUUGCGCGAAUGAUUCGAGACACCAAGAGUGCCAAUACUCAUACGCCAAUCGUUUGCAUUACGGGCUAUCUCAAGGAUCUGCCCGAAGUUCAUCACUUUAAUACCCUCAUGCAGAAGCCACCAACUUCACAGAAGUUGUCCGAGAUGCUUUGCAAGUAUUGCGCGUGGAAACCGCCAUCCAAGGAUUUCAAGCUUUCAGCUCCACUCAGCAUUCCGCCCAUCAGUACAAGAGUGGACCCUGCUCACAUGCAAGACAGCCCGAGCUCAGUGGCAUCCAGCCUGGCGCCAACGAUGCCAGAGUCAUCAUACAAAGGAUCCGCUCGAGAGGACUCCAUCGGUAGUGGCGGGUUCUUCAGCGAUUUGGAAUCCUUCAAGAGCGAUGACAUUCCUGUCAUCGUGUCCCGAGCUGCUACUGAUGAAUGGGCCAAGGGCGGACUAGGCAUUUCCGAUGAUAUCGUUAUCGGCCAAAAGCCCUACGUACAAAGCGGCUUCCCUCACCUCGUCCAUACCGAGUCUGCUCCCGCUAGCGCUCAUGCCGAGGAGCCCCCUGGAUAUGGACUUCGCACUCCGCGCCGCCAGGAGUCUUCGGAUGCUGUCAAGCAGAAGCGCGAUAGGUUGGAGAAGAAUAUGCAGAAUCCUAUUGGAGCAGCUGAAGAGGGUGACGAUGAGGACGAGGAACUUGGAGAUGUACAAGUACGCGCUCGAUCACCCCUUGGCAGGACUGCACGACCGACUUCGAAGCUUGGGAUCGAAAUGAUGCGUACCAAUAGUCGUGGAAGUGUGAUUUCCAUGAACGACGACAAAGCCACGGAACCUGACAUGUUGAGGAAAUCCCUCGAGAUCCUGGAGGAACAGAUGGAGAACAUGUUUAUUGCUGAGGAGCCGUCUCCGGCUGUCGUGAUGGCAAGUCAACCGCGCAAGAGCCUGGACAGGACCAGUUCCUUUCAUUCUCACCCCGAACAAGAUGCCAACCAACGCUUAAGCCAUGGCCAACUCACGCCACCCGUCAUCUUUCCUCAAAAGCCUGGAACUCAGGUGGCGGAGAUUGAAUCUGACGCAGAUGUGACGCCGGUACCGACAAGGACCAUCGAUAUGGAGGAAGAACCUACACCAAAACCAAUCAGAAGCCCUCUCGGAUCACAUUCAACGCAUUCCUUGAGAUGA